CCGCCUCGCUCCCGAGCUCGCCUCCACCCUUCGGGGCCCGGCGCGGUGUGGCCCGGUCCCCUCGGGGGUGAAUGCUACGGCCCCCGGCCCCCCGUCUUGCUCCCUCGCGGGGCCGGAGUGGUACGCGCCCCCCGGGCUGGACGCGGAACUGACGCGCCCCUGACGGCCCCGCGCCGGGAGCCACUGACGCCCGGCUGCCGCUGCGGCUGCCGCGGGACGUCCUGCCGGGCCUGGCGGCUCCCCUGAGGCCCGAGAGAUAUCACAAUUCCUCCUGGGAACACUGACACCUUGCUCUGGACCUUGAAGCUUCUCUGAGAUGAACUGAUGAAUUGGAACCAUGGUGCAGAAGAAGAAAUUCUGUCCUCGGUUACUUGACUACCUAGUGAUCGUAGGGGCCAGACACCCGAGCAGCGAUAGCGUGGCCCAGACGCCCGAGCUCCUGCGGCGGUACCCCCUCGAGGAUCACCCUGAGUUCCCCCUGCCCCCCGACGUAGUGUUCUUCUGCCAGCCCGAGGGCUGCCUGAGUGUGCGGCAGCGGCGCACGAGCCUGCGGGACGACACCUCGUUCGUCUUCACCCUCACUGACAAGGACUCCGGGGUCACGCGUUAUGGCAUCUGUGUUAACUUCUACCGCUCCUUCCAGAAACGAAUGCCGAAGGAGAAGGGGGGCGGGGGGAACGGGCCCCGAGGGAAGGAAGCCCCGCGUGCCACCACCUGUGCCUCGGAAGAGAGCUCGGAGAGCGGCUCAUCCCUGCAGCCUCCCAGCACCGACUCCACCCCUGACGUGAACCAGUCUCCUCGGGGCAAGCGCCGGGCCAAGGUGGGGAGCCGGUCCCGCAACAGUACCCUGACGUCCCUGUGCGUGCUCAGCCACUACCCCUUCUUCUCCACCUUCCGAGAGUGCCUGUACACCCUGAAGCGCCUGGUGGACUGCUGCAGUGAGCGACUGCUGGGCAAGAAGCUGAGCAUCCCUCGAGGCAUUCAGAGGGACACCAUGUGGCGCAUCUUCACUGGGUCGCUGCUGGUGGAGGAGAAGUCGAGCGCCCUCCUGCACGACCUUCGCGAGAUCGAGGCAUGGAUCUAUCGGCUGCUGCGUUCCCCGGUGCCCGUCUCUGGGCAGAAGCGAGUAGACAUUGAGGUCCUCCCCCAGGAAGUCCAGCAGGCCCUGACCUUUGCCCUUCCAGACCCCUCUCGAUUCACCCUAGUGGACUUCCCCCUGCACCUUCCCUUGGAACUUCUGGGUGUGGACGCCUGCCUUCAGGUGCUCACCUGCAUCCUGUUAGAGCACAAGGUGGUGCUGCAGUCGCGAGACUACAACGCGCUCUCCAUGUCUGUGAUGGCGUUUGUGGCCAUGAUCUACCCGCUGGAGUACAUGUUUCCUGUUAUCCCACUGCUGCCCACCUGCAUGGCAUCAGCAGAGCAGUUGCUGUUGGCUCCAACUCCAUAUAUCAUUGGGGUCCCUGCCAGCUUCUUUCUCUACAAACUGGACUUCAAAAUGCCUGAUGACGUGUGGCUAGUGGAUCUGGACAGCAACAGGGUGAUCGCCCCAACCAAUGCAGACGUGCUCCCUGUCCUGCCGGAACCAGAGUCCUUAGAGCUGAAGAAGCAUUUAAAGCAGGCCCUUGCCAGCAUGAGUCUGAACACCCAGCCCAUCCUCAACCUGGAGAAGUUCCACGAGGGCCAAGAGAUCCCCCUUCUCUUGGGCAGGCCUUCCAGUGACCUUCAGUCCACACCUUCCACCGAGUUCAACCCGCUCAUCUAUGGCAAUGAUGUAGACUCUGUGGAUGUUGCAACCAGAGUGGCCAUGGUCCGUUUCUUCAACUCCCCCAACGUGCUGCAGGGCUUUCAGAUGCACACGCGUACCCUGCGUCUCUUCCCUCGGCCAGUGGUAGCUUUCCAAGCCGGCUCCUUUCUAGCCUCACGUCCCCGGCAGACUCCGUUUGCUGAGAAACUGGCCAGGACGCAGGCCGUCGAGUAUUUCGGAGAGUGGAUCCUUAACCCCACCAACUACGCCUUUCAACGAAUUCACAACAACAUGUUUGAUCCGGCCCUGAUCGGCGACAAGCCGAAGUGGUAUGCUCACCAGCUGCAGCCCAUCCGCUACCGCGUCUACGACAGCCAUUCCCAGCUGGCCGAGGCGCUGAGCGUGCCCCCCGGGCGCGACUCCGACUCUGACCCUACGGACGACAGUGGCAGCGAUAGUCUGGAGUAUGAUGACUCAAGCUCUUCCUACUCUUCUCUGGGUGACUUUGUCAGUGAAAUGAUGAAAUGCGACAUCAGCGGCGAUACUCCUAAUGUGGAUCCACUGACACACGCAGCGCUGGGAGAUGCCAGUGAGGUGGAGAUCGACGAGCUGCAGAGCCAGAAGGAAGCAGAGUUGCCUGGCCCCGACAAUGAGAACGCUCAGGAAAACCGCCUGCUGCACUCUAGCCCCGGCACCACCGCCAGCAGCCACUCCAGCACCAUCGUCUGUGGAGCCAGCUCCGAACCUUCUGACUCAGCAGAGGUGGACGAUAAAGCAGCAGCAGGCGGCUCCAAGCCCCCUCCCCCCAUGCCUCCCAGCGCCGGCAAAUCGAGCGUGGACAGGCGUCCCGGAGAGGGGUCAGUGCGCCGGCGAACCUAUGACAGUCCCAACUGGGAGCCCCAGUGUGACUUUCCCCCUGAGGAAGAUGAUGAUGAGCAGGGGGAAAGUUACACUCCCCGAUUCAGCCAACAUGUCAAUGGCAAUUGGGCUCAAAAGCUGCUGCGGCCCAACAGCUUGAAACUGGCCAGCGACUCAGACGCAGAGUCCGACUCCCGAGCGAGCUCUCCCACCUCCACCGUCUCCAACAACAGCACUGAGGGCUUCGGGGGCAUCGUGUCUUUUGCCAGCAGCCUGUAUCGGAACCACGGUACCAGCUUCAGUCUCUCAAACCUCACACUGCCCACCAAAGGCGCCCGCGAGAAGACCACGCCCUUCCCCAGUCUGAAAGUAUUUGGGCUAAAUACUCUAAUGGAGAUUGUUACUGAAGCCGGCCCCGGGAGUGGUGAAGGAAACAGGAGGGCCCUGGUGGAUCAGAAGUCUUCUGUCAUCAAGCACAGCCCAACAGUGAAGAGAGAACCUCCAUCACCCCAGGGCCGCUCCAGCAAUUCCAGCGAGAACCAGCAGUUCCUGAAGGACGUGGUGCACAGCGUGCUGGAUGGCCAGGGCGUCGGCUGGCUCAACAUGAAGAAGGUGCGGCGGCUGCUGGAGAGCGAGCAGCUGCGCGUGUUCGUCCUGAGCAAGCUGAGCCGCUCCGUGCCGUCUGAGGACGACGCCCGGCAGGACGUCAUCCCCGACGUGGAGAUCAGCCGGAAGGUGUACAAGGGGAUGCUGGACCUGCUCAAGUGCACCGUGCUCAGCCUGGAGCAGUCCUACACCCACGCGGGCCUGGGGGGCAUGGCCAGCAUCUUCGGGCUUCUGGAGAUCGCACAGACCCACUACUACAGCAAAGAACCAGAUAAGCGGAGGAGAAGCCCAACAGAGAGUGCACAUACACCGGCUGGCAAGGAGCCUGGCCUGGCUGGGCGGGGGGACCCAAAGGCCAUGGCACAGCUGCGGGUUCCCCAGCUGGGGCCACGGGCGCCAGGUGCUGCAGGAAGGGGCCUUAAGGAACUGGACACCAGAAGUUUAAAGGAAGAGAAUUUUGUGGCAUCUAUUGAAUUGUGGAACAAGCACCAGGAAGUGAAAAGGCAAAAAGCUUUGGAAAAACAGAGGCCUGAGGUAAUCAAACCUACCUUUGACCUUGGUGAGACAGAGGAGAAGAGAUCCCAGAUCAGCGCAGACAGCGGAGUGAGCUUGACAUCUGCUUCCCAGAGGACUGAUGCCGACUCUGUCAUCGGUGUGAGUCCAGCUGUUAUGAUCCGAAGCUCGAGUCAGGAUUCUGAAGUUAGCACCGUGGUGAGUAAUAGUUCCGGGGAGACCCUGGGAGCAGACAGUGACCUCAGCAGCAACGCAGGUGAUGGACCCGGCGGCGAGGGUGGUGCCCGCUUGGCAAGCUCUCGUGGGACUUUGUCAGACAGUGAAAUUGAGACCAACUCUGCUACCAGUGCCAUCUUUGGUAAAGCCCAUAGCUUGAAGCCGAGCAUCAAGGACCGGCUGGUGAGCAGCCCGAUUCGCGCUUCUGAAGACGUAAGCCAGCGAGUCUAUCUCUACGAGGGACUCCUAGGAAGGGACAAAGGAUCGAUGUGGGACCAGUUAGAGGAUGCUGCUAUGGAGACCUUUUCCAUAAGCAAAGAACGUUCUACUUUGUGGGACCAAAUGCAGUUCUGGGAAGAUGCAUUCUUAGAUGCUGUGAUGUUGGAGAGAGAGGGGAUGGGGAUGGACCAGGGUCCCCAGGAAAUGAUCGACAGGUACCUGUCCCUGGGGGAACAUGACCGGAAGCGCCUGGAGGAUGAUGAAGAUCGCUUGCUGGCCACGCUUUUGCACAACCUCAUCUCCUACAUGCUGCUGAUGAAGGUAAACAAGAACGACAUCCGGAAGAAGGUGAGGCGCCUCAUGGGGAAGUCGCACAUUGGGCUCACGUACAGCCAGCAAAUCAACGAGGUGCUCGAUCAGCUGGCAGACCUGAAUGGACGUGAUCUCUCCAUCCGUUCCAGUGGCAGCCGGCACAUGAAGAAGCAGACUUUUGUGGUACACGCAGGGACAGACACAAAUGGAGACAUCUUUUUCAUGGAGGUGUGCGACGACUGCGUGGUGCUGCGCAGCAGCAUCGGGACCGUGUACGAGCGCUGGUGGUACGAGAAGCUCAUCAACAUGACCUACUGCCCCAAGACCAAGGUGCUGUGCUUGUGGCGUCGCAAUGGCUCCGAGACGCAGCUCAACAAAUUCUACACCAAGAAGUGUCGGGAGCUGUACUACUGCGUGAAGGACAGCAUGGAGCGCGCCGCUGCGCGCCAGCAGAGCAUCAAGCCGGGCCCUGAGCUGGGGGGCGAGUUCCCCGUGCAGGACAUGAAGACCGGCGAGGGGGGCUUGCUGCAGGUCACGCUGGAAGGGAUCAAUCUCAAGUUCAUGCACAACCAGGAGCGGAAGGUUUUCAUAGAGCUGAAUCACAUUAAAAAGUGCAAUACAGUUCGAGGCGUCUUUGUCCUGGAGGAAUUUGCAGUUCCUGAAAUUAAAGAAGUGGUGAGCCACAAGUACAAGACACCAAUGGCCCACGAGAUCUGCUACUCUGUGUUGUGUCUCUUCUCGUAUGUGGCUGCAGUUCGGAGCAGUGAGGAAGACCUCAGGACCCCACCCCGGCCCGUCUCUAGCUGAUGGAGAGGAGUCAGGCCCCCAGCCCAGGGGAGGCCGCUGCCUCUUGCCUCCCCGUGUGCACGACGCUGCUGUGACCGAGGAGUGAAGGACGUGUGUGCCCUGCAGGCCCUCGCCAUGGCUUAGCUGGUGUCUAGUUAAGUGUGUGUCAGCGUGUCUUGGAGUGUUGUCACAGGGCCGUGUCCCCCGCUCCUCCGCUCCCAGAAGACCAGCCUGCUGUCCCCUCAGGGCUCAAGAGUGUUUGUGUGUGUCUUGUCCGUUGGGCCAUUGGCUCCUAAGAGCUGAACCCAGGCCAGUGCGAACCCACUUUUGCGUGUCCUUGAGAUACUUGUGCUGUGAUGCCUCGGCCCUGGGGUUAGGACCUGCCAGUGCAGGUCUCUGCCCCCCUGUCCUCUGUGCUGGCACAACGGGGUGCCGAGAGCAGCAGCCCCGCGGUGGUGGAGAGAGGCGAGCUUGAGGCCUGUCCCCAGACAAGGGUGGGCAGGGGAAGGGCAGAGCAAGGGGUGCUGGCCGCGGAUGUGUGGCAGCCGCCUGCUUCCUAGGCCUUGCCCAGCGGCAGCACCGCCGCCUGCUGUGGUUUCCGCCCCGGCCGCGCGGCGGCGCUGUGGGCCGCUUUUUGCUGAGCAGCGAUUGCCCGUGGUCUCUCUGCCUUUGGCGGGAGAAAGCAGACUGGUGGGCUGGGAGUACCCCCGGGCCCCGAGCCAGGGCCGGCUGGUGAGAGGCCGAGCUCGGUGUACAGCUCUGAGUCUGCGGGCAGCGUCUCCUGGCAGUGGGUGCCAGAGAGAGAGGGGCCCGGGGCUGGGGAAGAGAUCAUUGUAAAUAUUUCUGCUCCACGUUAUUUAUAGAAAAUGUACAGACUUGUGAAUGUGAAUAAACGUCCUAACCCCCC